AUCUCAGGUUCUUUUCUCGCCCCACGGCUAUAUCGCACCCACAGUCAUUCCCGCCAGGAUUAUUGGGGAAAUAUAGCAACAUGGUUAAGCCGGAGAAGGAAACUAUAGCCAAGUUCAACGAGCAAGUCAACAUGUCACUCGACGAGCUCGAACCUUGGCUCGAGUCGGAUCAAAGCCAUCAGGCUGGCACCGGCGUGGGCCUUGAGAGCGGCCAUAAAAUAGUAGAGAUCCUGAAAAAGAACCCAGAUAAGGAUCCAGACGAGUACGAGGAGAAAGACUUGGACCACAUGCGCAAGGUGGUGGGGUACAACAGCCGUCAUUUGGCGCAAGAGGACCACCUAAAGGAGACCAAAACGAAGGAGGAGCUGGAGAAGACGAAGAGCACCAUCAGUCUUAGGAACUGGGGUCAUGAUCCAAUCAAGAGUUUGGAAAAAGACGAAAAGGCACAAACUGGCGCCCAAGACACGGCUGACAGGUCGAAGGGUACAGAAGACAAACGUGGCAACGCUGAUGACGAUAAGCACGAUAAUGAGAUACCCACUGCCGCCUGCAAGAAUGUCAAGCGCAAGCGCGAAGAGUCUGCGGAGCCUAGGAUCAGUCGCAGAAAGGUGGACAGCGGCGAUCUGGAGGUCAGCAACAUGGGCGAGAACCAGGCAAAGCAGACCGCGGCCACCAAUACUCGCACAAAAUCACCAUAUUCCAAAGACAGUGUUGAAGGCGAUAGGCAUACUUCUAAGCCCACCUCCAGUCGCACUCCCACCAGAAAGUCCACUAGGAAAACCAGGGUCACUAGGAAAUAGAUAUAGAUUUGUACUAUAAAUUAGCCCGCAGUGGCCUUGAAGAAAGUCGAAUACCCCGUUCUCGUUAAAUGGAAAGUACAAAUUGACUCUGUUACAUGGCGACAAUGACAAUAUUAAUGGUGGUAGUUGG